AUGUUUCAAGGCGAUGAGGAGUGUAGAACAGAGAUGGAGGAUAGAUCUGAGAAUGUACAGUUGAGGUGUGAUAAACUUCCAGGUCAGCUCCUCACGGUGGGCGAGCUCUGGCAUCCACAGAUAUUAACUGGGUUAUCUAAUCGGUUCACUGGGUUUGCGAGAUUAACUGUCCAUGUUGAAGAGGCCAUUGCAUCGCCUCCGCCUUUUCUUCCUGCAAGUGAGUAA